AUUUGCAAACGGUCACUCUAGGGAUUAAUUUGUAAACAAAAGAAGCUUUUAAGUUGGCCGGAAUAAUACAGAUAUGAACGAAACAAAUCCCAGUGAAAUAGCUACUCCCAGCGAAGAGCCACCGGCGGAGGACGAAUCCACUGACCACUCUCCUGCGGAGGCAGUGCUGAGCAACAAUUCCUCGAGCGUCUGCAAUGUUGUGGAGCCGGAUGAUGAGCACGAAGUUAAUUCAGUGGAUCGUGAGGACACUGCCAGUUUGUUCAGCACUACAACGACCACCACCAGGAGCAAAUCGCCCAACACACGAAAAUUGAACCGCCUGUGUCGGCGGGUUAAGGCACCCAAAAUGGUUCAGCCCUUGUACAAAUAUAGCUCCCAUGUCCGCGAGGACCACAACCACCAGAUCUUCGGAGUGCAGUUCAAUCCGUUCCUGGACAGAGGACAGCCGCAGGUGUUCGCCACCGUUGGCAAGGAUCGGGUUUCCAUUUAUGAGUGCGAAAGGAGCACCGGCCGGGAGUCCUGCGAAGGCAUUCGACUGCUACAGGUCUACGCAGACCCAGAUACCGAUGAAAGUUUCUACACAUGCGCUUGGUCCUACGACUCUGUUACCGGCGAUCCUGUCCUGGCCGCGGCUGGUUACCGCGGCGUCAUUCGCAUUUUCAAUCCGGUUAAGCACCAGUGCAGCAAAAACUACAUUGGUCACGGGCACGCCAUUAACGAGCUGAAGUUUCAUCCGACUAGACCGCAGUUACUUCUGUCCGGCAGCAAGGAUCACUCCCUGCGCCUUUGGAACAUUCAGUCGGACGUGUGUGUAGCGGUUUUCGGCGGCGUAGAAGGACACCGCGACGAAGUAUUGUCUGUGGACUUUGAUUUGCGCGGUGAUCGCAUCAUGUCCAGUGGAAUGGAUCACUCACUGAAGCUCUGGCGACUGGACAAGCCAGAUAUAAAAGAGGCCAUCGAGCUGAGCUCUGGUUUUAGUCCCAACAAGAAUACGGGUCCGUUUCCCACGAUCAAAGAGCACUUUCCGGACUUCUCGACGAGGGAUAUACAUCGAAAUUAUGUGGAUUGCGUUCAGUGGUUCGGCGACUUUGUCUUUUCGAAAUCCUGCGAGAAUUCAAUUGUUUGCUGGAAGCCGGGCAAACUUUCAGAACCGUGGCAUGAGAUCAAGCCACAGGAGUCGUCCACCACGGUGCUGCAUCACUUUGACUACAAGAUGUGCGAGAUCUGGUUCGUACGCUUCGCCUUCAACGCCUGGCAAAAGAUUCUGGCCUUGGGCAACCAAUUGGGCACAACAUUUGUCUGGGAAUUGGACUGCAAUGAUCCCAAUUUGACAAAGUGUAGCCAGCUAGUUCAUCCCAAGAGCAACUCCACCAUCCGGCAGACUUCCUUCUCCAAAGACGGUUCAAUUUUGGUUUGCGUGUGCGACGACAGCACCGUAUGGCGAUGGGAUCGCGUCAAUUAAGAUGAGGGUUUCUAAGCUAAAAGAAUUUUCCCUAGGAAAAGAGAUCCUUCUAAAUCCGAUACCAUAUUUAUAUAACCAUAGUUAUUUUCAGUGUAAUGUUGACCUUCAAUAUUAUUAUGAUCUUAUGCGUAGCAUUUAUAUACAAUAAUCAUUGUAUUGACAAUUUAUGGUAAUGUAAAUUAAGUAUACCAUUUAUGAGCUAAAUAUUUUAACAUUAACCAAGAUAUUUAUUAUAUUCUAUUUAUUUAUUAAUGAUCCAAUAGUGUCGCAAAUAGUAUUGUUUUAUGCUGUGUGAUUGGUGUGGGCUCUAUCAUUAAUAUUUAUAUUUUAAUUAACUAACUUAUACACAAUAAAAACUUUGAACAAUUAAGAUUAAAA